CACUUACAAAUCUUUCUGCGUUUUUCCUUUUACGCCAUUUGACCUGAAAAAGAAAAAAAGAAGUUUUAAAAAAUUAAAAAGAAAAAAAGAAGAAGAGGAAUUUAUAUAUGGAUUGAGAUAUGACAGCUCUGUGUUUUUUCUCGUUUUUUGUUCCGAUUUUAUGAACUUACUCUGCCUCACUUGCUCCUCCAUUUCUGGCCGCCGAUGGCCGUAUUAGUCCCCCACCGCCACCACCGCCGCCGCCGCCCCCUCGCCGUUCUCCUCCUCCUCCUUGCCUUCUUCUUCCUCGCCUCUGCUUCCUCCUCCUUCCUCGGCGGCAGGGAGAAAACAGAGGGAAGCGUGCCGGCGCCGGAAGUGGUGAUUCGGCGGAGAUUGGGUGGGCCCGGGUCGUCGCCGCCGACCUGCAGAUCGAAGUGCGGGAGUUGCUCGCCGUGCACGGCGGUGCACGUGCCAAUUCAGCCGGGAUUAAGCCUGCCGCUGGAGUAUUACCCAGAAGCGUGGCGCUGCAAAUGCGGCAAUUCCCUCUUCAUGCCAUGACAUAGACGAAACCAAAACCAGAAACCCUGUACUUUUUUUUUCCCUCUUAAUUUCCUCUUCUUCUUCCCUCUUUGGAAAAUAUAAUCUGCUUGAUUGUUUUUGCCACUCGUGGUCACUUCAAUGGAGGUUUUUUUCUUUUUUCUUUUUUCUUUUUUUCCCUAUUGUCCAUAUGGUACAGUGUCAUCGAAACUCGAAAUCCCCCGUUUGAUUUUUGUCUCGCUGCGUUGGGAAAGAAAGACUUUGGAAAUACAAUAGUU